UCAAAAUCAUAUUGCGAGCGUCGCCGGCCGCCGCCGGCCGGGAUGGUUGCGUCCGCCGCAGUACAGGAUGGCUAUGUGCUCCAGAAGACUGUGUCGCGCACUCCGCUCGCUGGCCAGCUGCUGAACCAGGCGGCGCAGGCGGUGGCGGAUGUCAAGUACGCCAAGCUGCGGCCGCGCUUCUCCUUCAAACGCCAGGAGGUCAAGCCGGGCGAGUUCCAGGUGGUGGAGCUAGACACUGCGGGUGUGACGCCCAGCUACCGCAUGUACCAGGUGGAGCAGGUGGCGUCGGACAUGAAGGAGGCGGUAUGCCGCACCAGCGAGGCGCGGUUCUUCGAGGCGGAGGGAGUCAGCGUGCCCACCAUGGUCUACGAGCUGCCUGACGGCCAGGAGCUGUACCUGGGCCCAGAGCGCUUCCGUAUGGCUGAGCUGUUCUACCAGCCGCUCGGGUUCGCGGGCAACUUCAACGGUCUGGCCAUGCCGUCGGACGUGCGCUCGGUGCCAGAGGUGGUGCUGGACACCAUCAACAAGUGCGACGUAGACCUGCGCAAGGACAUGUACUCGGGGGCCAUUCUCACUGGCGGCACCUCGCUGAUCCACGGCUUCCGCGAGCGGUUGGAGAAGGAGCUGGGCGACCUGGUGCCCAGCCAGGCCAAGGUCAAGGUGGUGGCCGCCACGAACCAGGUGGAGCGGCGCUUCAGUACUUGGAUUGGCGGCUCCAUCCUGUCGAGCCUGGGGUCAUUCCAGCAGUUGUGGAUGUCUAAAAAGGAGUACGCGGAGCACGGCGCUCCGCUCAUCAACCGAAAGUGCCCGUGAGGCGUAUGGGGGGGGUCGUCUUAUGAGUUAUUGGGGAAAGGUGGGACAAGGUAGGUAGGGAAGACAUGCAGCCAGAUGCCGGAAGAGAACGACCACUAUAGCCGGGAAUACUGCACGGACUUGUAUGGUGCAGAGUUGUCUUGCAGGGUUUGAGGACUGGGUGAGAAGAAACCUACCCGAGAGGUUCUGGCGUGCUCACAGACAGGCACGUCUGUGCCCAGUUGCGUGGAUGGCCCGAUCCUGCUCUGGGCGAGGGUCGCCAUUGCCGCUGCGGCAUCCCUAGCUUGUUUUACAUGUGUAAGGAAAACGUAUUUGAAAAAGUACAAAAUGGACCUCCCGCCCGCUGGGAUUCGCAUGCAUGAAAAGCGAGAAGACGAAGAGUCUCUGACGCUGCUUCACGUAUUUAACUUCACGACACGGCGUCACAGCGUAGACUAUAAAAUC